CCAAUAAGUUCCCAAACGAGAGCCCAUAACUAUCUUUGUAUGAAGAUUCAAACAAAGAAGCAUCUAACACCAACUCUAACUCUCUCAUCAACGUAGCCAUGGAGAAGGAGAAGAAAUCUAAUGAUUCAAGUAACACAGAACCUUCUUCCUUCAAGCUUCUCGUUUCAUUUCCUUCCGGUCUCUCUCCAUCACAGGUUUCUGUUGAAUUCGGUGACAACUACGAUCGAAUCCCUCACUCUGACCUAACCUUGGAAAACACCAUCUCUGAGAUUUGGGAGCAGAGGAGUGUACAGAACAAAUCUCUGUUCAAUGGAAAUAAAUUUAGGUAUGGAGGGCAUGUUUUGCGCGCGGGAGGUGAAUCUGACGAUGAACCACAUGUAUGCCUCCACCUAGGUUUGACGGAUUAUAGGACUUUUGUGGGGACAAAUUUAAGCCCGUUGUGGGAAAAGUUUCUUGUUUCAUCUGAAGAUGAUUUCGUUCUUUGUCAGCAUACCUCCAGUCCAUUAGGAAAUGGUGCAGUGGUGGAGACAAUUGACAAUAAAAUACUUGUAUUACAGCGAAGUAAUAAUGUUGGUGAAUUUCCUGGAUAUUUCGUUUUCCCCGGAGGCCAUCCUGAGCCUCAAGAAAUUGGUAUAACGUCCCACCAAAAUGUAAAGGAGUUACCAGAUUCGAUCAACAUUAAUGUUUCACGGGAGAUGUUUGACAGCAUAGUACGUGAAGUAGUUGAAGAAAUUGGAGUGCCAGCUUCAUCCCUUAGCGUCCCGGCUUUCAUUGGUAUAUCUCGCAGGGAUUUGAAUGUGAGACCGGCUGCAUUUUUCUUUAUCAAAUGCAAUCUUGACUCAAAGGAAGUUCAGCAGUUUUACUCUAGUGCACUAGAUGGCUAUGAAUCAACCCAGCUCUAUAGUGUCUCAAUGAUUGAGUUAGAAAAUAUGGCGUCUAGAAUGCCUGGCUGUCAUCGAGGCGGAUUUGCUCUCUAUAAAUUGAUGGUUGACACUAGGAAGAUUACUUGAUGGAAGUUUGAAAUGCUCUCCAUAUUCAAGCAUUGUGUUAUAUUAAGUGAGUCUCUUUCCAGCUUAAUUAAUUAAAUUUGAUGCCAACAUUGCUGAGGUGAUUGAACCUUUCCCAUCCAAUGAAAAGGAAUGAGACAGAAUUUCAGCAGGCUGAAAUCUUUAACCAGAACAGGUGGUCUAUUUUACGGUAAUAAACAUCAGUAAGACAAUAUUUAGGUAAGAAUUUCUUAAAUUUACGUUUCAUCUUUCUUUUCACCCAACAUUCAUAUAUUGAAAUUUCUGCC